AUGACCCAGGGCGCUCCGCAGGAGGAACCGCUUCCCCCGGAUGAGAAUAUUGGGCUGCUUAUUGUCGCUGUGACGGCCAGCCUGACAGUCCCGAUAGUCGUAACGACGGCUCUGCGGCUGUACAGUCGAUGGGCACUGCGGAACCUGGGCUGGGACGACUACACCAUCGCCGUCACCGCCGUCUUGGCGAUGACCCGGACCGCGAUCCAGGCGCUGCAGUCCCGGCAUGGCAACGGGAGACACCAGGUGUAUAUCAGCGAGGAGGAGUACCAGUACAACAACAUGCUCGGCUUCUACACCCAGAUCUUCCUCUUCGCGUCGUCCUGCCUGCUCAAAGUCUCCAUCUGCCUUCUCCUCCUCCGCAUCAAGGACACCAAGGCCCUAAAAGUCCUGCUAUACACCGUCAUGGCCGGUCUGGUCGUCACCAACUUUGGCUGCAUCAUCAUUCUGCUGGCGCAGUGUUCCCCCGUCGAAACGUACUGGAAAGGGACUGGUGGCGUAUGCUGGGACCCGGCGGUCCGCAUCCGCGCCUUCUGGAUUACAAUCUCCUACAAUAUCCUGACGGACCUGCUGUGCUCCGUUUUCCCCCUGGUCGCCGUCUGGAAGAUUCGGAUCCCUCUCCAGACCAAGCUGCUAAUCAGCGGUCUCAUCUCAUUGGGACUCUUGGCAACCGGCUUCGGGGUCGUGCGUGCCUUUUCACUUCGAUUCCGGGCAUAUGACAUGAGCUGGACGUACGCUUGGGUCUCCCUAUGGUCGAGUCUGGAGCUCUUCAUCGGCAUCAUCGCCGCCAACCUCGCCCUCUCGCGCUCCAUCUACCGCCUGCUGCGCUACGGCAAGCCCUCCUCGCCGUCGCGCAUUUUAUACUCGGACCGCGCCUUGCGGUCCGCCUCUUUUCUUGAUAGUAGUACGGGGGCAUCCCCGGGUUACACUCGUGAAAGGUCCAGUCAUUUCAAGCCAUCGGCUUGUCAGAGUGAGAGAAGCGACAUCCGGUUGCAGAUUAGGAGCCAGAAGACGGCGGAGUGCUGGGUCGAAGAGGGAAUGGACCGAGAUAGUUUGCAGUCUCGACUGCGCUGAGAGCAUGGGGCUUUUGAUUCUCUGAAGACAUGGAACGGAUGCUCAGCGACUAGGUCCCUUAGUUGAUAGGAAGUCUUGCCUACAGCAGCGGUCCGGGGCGUCUUCGCAGGUAUUCAAUGGUGUUGAUCUCCUGUGACGUUUCAAGAUGGUUGGCACUCUGCACCGUCCGGUUCCAAACGAAGACUCAAUUUCCGGAUACGGCCUGCUAAUCAGUUUUUGUUGUAUCAUGCAUACGCCUACGGUGUCAGCGGUCUGCCUGGGAUUCUAUAGAAAGAUGCUUGGUGAUCGUGCCGUUGAGCUGUUGAACAAAUCAAGUUAUCGAGUUGUUUCAGCUCUGUCACUGGCAGUACAGGUAUAUCACAGGCACCAGGCACUCAGGCAGCUUGAGCUCCGAGUCAGCGUCACAUCAUUUGAAGUUUUGAUUCUUCUCUAGGUGCUCGGAGCCUAUCAGAAGCACUUGUCGAGGC